AUGGAUGCAAACGGCGAUAAGUUGGGAAUUGAUAUUCUUGAGGAUAUAGUGCUAUCUGAUUGCGAUAUUGAUAUGUUUUCUGAUGAUCAAGAUCUGCCAACGUUCGAUUUUGACAGUUCAGAUAGUUUCAUGCAAGAAAUAUUUACGUUAUCAGAUGAAUUACAACCUACAUUUAAUCCAGCUGACAAUGUUUCGUAUGAUAUGACAACGAAUUCAAGAGAAUGGUUAGUUAUGGAUAAAGCUUCCAAGCGUCAGAGACCACCUCGUCUUUACGAAUAUCUUCUUCUUCUUCUUGAAAAUUCACAUUAUACUUCUUAUGCAUCUUAUACGAACAAAUCUGAAGGUAUUUUUCAAAUUCAUGAACCUGACAAGGUUGCCGAACUUUGGCAAAAAGUCAAAAGUCGACAAUCAAAUCAAAAAAUGACUUAUGAUAAAUUUGCGCGGGCCGUACGAUGGUAUUAUCAAGCCGGUAUAAUGAAAAAAACAAAUACUCGUUAUACAUUUCAAUUUUCGCUGAAAACAAUGAAAGAAUUUAGUAUCGAUCAAGAUAAUAACAAUAUGUUGCCCUAUCCUAAUAUGAUCCAGUGA